AUGACAGUCUCCAUCAACAAAUCAGAACAAGCCUAUUUAGAUCUCUGUCAGAGAACCAUUGACGAAGGAGAACAUAGACCCGAUAGAACAGGUACUGGUACCAAAUCCCUCUUUGCUCCACCCCAAUUACGAUUUGAUUUAUCCAACGAUACAUUUCCCUUGCUCACCACCAAACGUGUAUUUUCCAAGGGUAUAAUCCAUGAACUCUUGUGGUUCAUUGCUGGGUCCACUGAUGCCAAGAUUUUGAGUGACAAGGGGGUCAAAAUAUGGGAAGGGAAUGGCCUGCGAGAGUUUUUAGAUAAUUUGGGAUUAACGCAUCGUCGUGAAGGAGACUUGGGGCCGGUUUAUGGGUUCCAAUGGAGACAUUUUGGAGCUAAAUAUCAGGAUUGUGACACUGAUUACACUGGUCAAGGAUUUGACCAAUUACAAGAUGUAAUCAAAAAAUUGAAAACUAACCCUUAUGAUCGAAGAAUUAUCAUGUCUGCUUGGAACCCGCCUGAUUUCCCACUAAUGGCAUUACCUCCAUGCCAUGUCUUUUGUCAAUUUUAUGUCAGCUUUCCUAGUAAUCAUCAGCAAUCAACCCUGGAAUCAGAAUCAACAACAGCUACAAGUACAAGUACAGCCACUGCCAGACCAAAAUUAUCGUGUUUAUUAUAUCAAAGAUCGUGUGAUAUGGGCUUAGGUGUCCCCUUCAAUAUUGCAUCGUAUGCAUUGCUCACUAAAAUGAUUGCUCAUGUAGUAGAUAUGGAUUGUGGAGAAUUUAUUCAUACUUUAGGUGAUGCUCAUGUAUACUUAGAUCACAUUGAUGCAUUAAAGGAACAAAUGGCCAGAAGUCCUAAACAAUUUCCAAAGUUAGUUAUAAGAGAGGAGAGAAGAGAUGAGAUUAAAAAUAUUGAUGAUUUUAAAUUUGAAGAUUUUGAAAUUGUUGGAUAUGAACCUUAUCCUUCAAUUAAAAUGAAAAUGAGUGUUUAG